GCAGGGAUGGUACAUGUAGUUACAUGUAGGUGAAAAACCGCCCAGCUUUUGCCAACACCUACCAUAUAUCAAAGCGGCGACUACAUAAUUCUUUGUAUAAAUCAGCAUACUAAUAAAUACGAAGUUUCGGGGAUAAAAACCUGUCCAGGCCUCGAUAUGGCAGUCAAAAUGGGUAACUUAAGGUUCACAGCUGGUUGUGCGGUUCUCCUUAGUCUCCUCGUGACGACAGAGGCACUCACACAAGAUAAACUGGAUUCGAUAUGCUCACUGGGUCCGUCAGAUCAGUAUUAUUUUGCCCAUCCGUUGAGCUGUAAACGUUUUAUCCAGUGUGACACAUCUCGCAGGGGGUUUGAAAUGCCGUGUGCCCCUGACAAUUGCUGGAAUCAAGCCAUACUAAGUCAGGACCAUUGUAGUAACGUGGACUGUAACCACGUUGCCGACGCCAGCCUUCCACCGGGAUGUACUCCACUGAAUGACCAACCCUACUCCACGACUGACCCCUCUAAAACAUGGGGCACUAAUACUGAGUUACAAGGCCUCGUGCCGCCUUCAAAGAGAUGGGGUUCCCACCGGGCCACAGGGGCGCUACCCACCCAUCACUUCGCCAUCAACCAGUUAAAGAAAGGCAUGUCACCUAUACGACAGAUGCCGUAUGCAAUUGUAAUGGGGGCUGAUGGGAUCGUUUACGAUAGUUACGCCACCUUGGACAGAUGGAACAAGUCUUCACGCACAGACCAGAUGCAGGAGCAGACUCUGAGCGAGCAGGGGAAACCUUGGAAUAAAGUCACUAGUAUGGGGACCAAUGUGAAGCAGCUGGUCGCUGGGCCGGAUGGAAAUCCAACUGCUAUUUUUGAUGGAAAAUCCGGCUUGAAGGUGAGCAUCGCUGGCAGUAGCGAUCCAACCUUGGAGGAUUUUGGUGAACUCUAUGCAAACUUCUUGUUCAGUGGCACCGGAGGAGGGAAGAUGGAGGUACCCAUUGUGCGUGGAAGCCCUUUAAUGACCCAUCGCAUCACUAACGCCAAUCCCAACAUAAGAGCGUUCUGUCUGUACUCCGUGAAUGGGCAGCAGGUGCCAAUCAGACCACCUUGUCCAACAGAGCCAUCUGCCGCCGAUGGUGGUGAAGGGUUUCUAGAAGGAACCUGUGACAGAGGAGAAUUAGUCAUACUGUUGCAUUCCACCAAGCCGCUAGAUGUCUCUCUUGUACAGUGGGCGGGAGCACCUUCGAGCCAAUGGCCAAGAAGUCAUAACAUGCAUAAUUGUAUGAGCUCCACAUGCAGUUUAGCCAACGGAAAUCGCACCGUCACUAUCCGCACUGGUUUAUCAAAUGGUGCAUUCAGUUUUGCUGUGAAUGUUAUAUAUCACUACGUCCUUCCAAAUGAUUGGAUAAACCAUCCAGAGUUAAAAACGUGCAGGUCCUUAGCAACCAGUACGAACAGACGACGAAGGGACACUAGCAACACUUUGCCCUCUUCCACGAAAUUCGUUCUCGAAGUAGAUGAACCAAGAGGGCGGAUAAAGAAACAGACCCGCAAAUUUGUUCUGUAUUUUUCAACGGCAAUGACACCCAAAGUAGAAACCAACGGCGAUCUGACUUUUUCACCUCACACCGGAGGCAAGUUCACCGGUAUAAUGCAGUUGGCUUAUAGCGGGGUCUCUCCAAGAGGAAACCUCGCUGUGGCCGACUUUCUGGACAGGUAUGCUAAUACUUACGCAUACAAACCCGAGACCAAAUACUGUGUGAAGGGAGAUAAGGGUUACAUCAGUUUCGACUGGAACAAACAAAUCGUGAAGGGGAUCUCUGGCAGUGGACAGCUCCUGAUGGUUGUUAUGCCACAUCACGAACAACUGUUGAAGGGGCAAGGCGGGUUCAUAACGGGUACCCCAUAUGGGUUCAAGGCCCUGGCGGCAGACAGCUGGUUGCAGGAGUUAGACCUUCCCGAUGGCAGUAUGGAACCUGAUAUGACUGCUGUGCAAAAGAUAAAACAAAAUGCCCAACAACAUCAGGACAUAAUGAAAGCACUGGAUUCAGACGUUCGUCAACAACCGCUUACACCCGUCUGCAAGGCUUCCAACAGUUAUGGCGCAGGUAAAGCGAUUGGUGCUGCUGCUCGGCUGGCUAGUAUUUCAAGGGCUUUUGGAACCACACACUACAAGAGCCUGGACGUCCAAAUCGAAGAGUGUCUGGAAUUGUGGCUGCGGAUAAAGGACGGACUAGCCAACUCCAACAAACUUCACUACGACACAGUGUGGGGAGGACUGAUGGUGCGUGGCGUGCCGGAUGGGCAGCCUAUUAACCUCGGAGCUGACUUUGGAUUUCCAACGUACAACGAUCACCACUUUCACCUCGGGUACUUCAUGUAUGCUUUGGGAUAUUACACUAAGUAUUACCCCUCUUGGGCCAAAGCCAAUCGAGAAAGGAUCCUUUUCCUGGCCCGCGACGUUGGAAAUCCUAGUUAUAGAGAUACACACUUCCCCAUUGUACGGCACAAGGACACAUUUAUGGGUUUCUCCUGGGCAACUGGUGUAGGUCCAGGGACACGGCAGGAGGAAUCCGCUUCUGAGGCGAUCAACUGCUAUCACGGCUUGGCGGCACUGGGAUUUGGCACCAAAAUGGCCUCCGUGGAGCAGAUGGGUCGCCUUAUGUUGGCACAGGAAAUUGCCUCAGUUCGAGAGUAUUGGCAAGUGCGCCCCCAUAACUUGCACCACUUCCCGCCCACUUUACAAACCUAUGGCGUUGUUGGACAGAUUGGAGAAGGCUCCUUUUACCUGUAUACCCUUGAUUGGGCAUGUGACCCAAAUUGGUUCCCGAUGCGACACGCGUGUCUGGUUGGCAUACAGUCCAUUCCAAUCACUGCUGUAUCCAAAUACUGGAUGGACAAAGACUGGGCUGUGUCUGUGAGCAAGGUAUGCGGUUGGGCUUUGAAUCCAACCUCCGCCCCAGGCUCCAAUCUGGUCGACAAAUCUAAGCUAACCCCUGUGGUAAAGGGUUGGGCAGCCUUUUGUCAUGCGGCCACGUCGCACGCCAGUGCCUCAGCACAGGUAGCAGCUGCAAAUUACGUGAAAAGCGUGCCCUUCAACCAACUGGUUCCCGGUACAACUACCAGCGGCACGCUGCUCUUUAUUUACGGUUCUACGUGAAAAUAUGUAAAAAUAUUCCAAGUUUGCUCAUAUAAUUUGAAAACCGAUAUAAAUUUGCCUGUGUCUUCAUAUAUAAAACAUUUUGAAAGAUUUACUAAUAAUAAUCCGUAACUGAAGAAACUUGUAAAAGAUUGUCAAUUAGGUUUUUUUUCCUCUCCCCCCUCCACCCCCUUAGCGUGGGUGCUAUGGCAGUAUAGUAAAAUUAACGCCCCUCUCGUAUCGAGGAUGUGUCA